AAAAGAGUUGGUGUCGACCACGGCGGACGGCGGGGUGUGAGAGAGACGCGGCUGAGCGGUGCACUGCGGCGGCAAUCUCUACAGGACAUCCCCUUCCCCGAUAUGGCCUUCGAUGCAAACCUCGUCCCUUGACAGGCCUCGUCAGCUCUCAUCAGGCGUGCGGCUCCUUCGCAGCGGGCGGCGACGUGGCCAAAUAUCUGUACAUGGAGCGAAGCCGUCGGGAGGAUCGCGAGAUCGUUGUUGGACUCGGACUGGCAUGGUCCUAGGUCUCCAAACUGUGUUGGCGUCUCACGUCCGGUUUCCGAGAAAGAGGCGAGCAAGCUGUGUGAUGUGCCGGGUUACGGCAGUAUUUGGAGUACAUGAUGGGGGGAAACAAACCCGGGGGUUGGCAAGGUACCUAGGUGAGGGAGGUGCCUACCUAGGCAACCUGUCUCCCUCUUCGCCACGGAAAGGGCAAGUGGAUCCAACGCUCCUUCCCAGACUGUCGCGGUACGUACCGGCUGUCACGAAAGUUCUCCGAACCUGCCUAGAUAGGUACCUAGGUAUUCGUAGACCUAGGUAGGUAGUCAGGGCCCACUGGCCAGGGACCGCCCACUUUGCUCUAACAAAUCAACUUACAUGUUUCUUCCCUCAUUACUAAACUGCGUUGGACUGUACCUCCUCCUGCCUGCGCUGAUGACAGAGAAAGAAAAAAAAGAAGAAGAAGAAAAAAAAAAACAGGCUGCAAAGGAGGCCAAGAAAGCCCGGGCUUGAAUACACAUGGAGAGAGAA